AUGCAUCUGUUGCUGCUGUUGACAAAUCUUCUCCUUUGGGAGCAUGUGUCCUCCAAAAGCAAUCUCCUUCUGUCCACUGAAGACCUGUAUCAUGUGGUUGAACAGGCUCAUACCAACUAUGGCAUGUCUGCAGAUAUAUACCAUGAGUUUACAGAAGACGUUCUGAAAGCAGUCAUUAUUAUUUUGCGUGCCUGGGAUUAUCCUCUUAUACACCUGGUGCUUGCCACGACCAUUCUCCCAACAGCGUCUGCAUCUAAUAAUAUGCUGCAAAGAAUCAAUGAUGUGAAGAAUGGAAUUAUAGGACUUUUGGAGGGACUUGAGAUCAUACUCAGCAGGACCCAGCCUGGAGUUAUAGUUGACUAUCCUCAUUGUUCAGGACAGAGAGAAUUUCAGUCAUCAGAUGAAGACACUCGCCUUUUUGCUAUGUAUAACCUUUGCCGCUGCCUGAAAAGGGACACACAAAAGGUUGAAAGUUACCUCAAGAUCGUGAAGGACCGAGUCAUCUUUAAGGAUAACUAUUAA